GAGUGCCAUAUCCAAGGGAGCCCUUUGCCCAGCUUAUCUGAGCAAACCCUCUCUCUCUCUGCGCUCUUGGCUUGCACACCCUCCACAAUGUGCACGGGGAAGUGCUCCCGCCUGGUAGGCCUCACCUUGGUGGCCUCUGCCCUGGCCUGCUUGGUAGCCAACAUCCUGCUGUUCUUCCCCAAUGCUGAGAGACAGUGGACGCCGGACCACAUCACGCUGCAGGCCUGGCUCAUGGGUGGCCUUGCCGGCGGGGGGCUGAUGGUGAGUGGCCCAGAUAGGGGAGGGCGUCUGUUUCAGGGGUCUUCCGUCCAGGACCCUCUGGUGGGGGCGGGGGCAAAGGAGGAGGCUUGGCUCACUUUUUUGAGCUGCCUGGACCUGGCCUGGAAAACCAGGAGUCCGCAGGUACCCCUGAAAGUGUGCCAGGCUGACGUUCUUGGGGGGGCGGGCAGGACCUCUUCACACCUGCAGGCAGAGCACCCGCUGGAUUGCAAGGGGAGGGGGAGCCUUGGGGGGAGGGAGACCCCCGCUCCCAGCUGCCCUCCAGCCUCUUUGCAAGCAGCUCUUUGCGAGCUGUGCCCCCCCUCCCCCGGCCAGGAGGGCUGUGCCGGGCCCGCCUGCUCCCCGCAAUGCUCAGCGCCCGCUCCUUCUGGACUUUGCGGGAAUCGCUGCCGGAUGCUGCGCUCUGUCUUCUGCUCUAUUUUUGGGGGUCUUGGGGCCAUCUACUGCGUGGUGGUGUCCUCCACAGCACUGGCUGAUGGGCCCUGGUGUGAAACAACUUCCAAGAAGUGGGAAUCUCCUUUCAAAAAUCUCAGUGAGAACUAUCUGCAAAACAAGAUGCUGUGGGACAUGUGCAUAAACCCACCCUCCAUAGUCCUCUGGCACAUAGUCCUGUUCUCCAUCCUGCUGGGCCUGGGUCUGCUGGAGGUGGUGCUGUGCGGCGUGCAAGUGGUGAACGGCCUCCUGGGGACCCUGUGUGGCGACUGCCGCAAGGCCACUGAUCGUGCCGGGGAAGGCUUGUGAGACCGCAAAGACCGGCCAGAGUUCUUGCACCCGCUUGCCUCCCUCCCCAAGCCUCUCAGCCGGAGGGAGUGCAAUCUUGCUGGUUUAUUGGAAGAUCCGGAAAUAAACAGCUCUCUCUGCUGCAA